AGACACGUGACCCGGUGACGCAAGGCUCUCCGCGUGCCGGAAGUUGACAGUUAUUCAUCAGAUGACACAUGAAAGUCACCGGCGAAACAAUCCCAGUGAGCCACAAAAGGACGUUGUAUUGUUUUAUAAGAUAAUUCGACUACAGCGGCUACUGUGAAACAGCAUAGGUAGUUUAUUUUGGACUGUAACGUCUAACAAAAGCGCUGGACAACUACCAUACAUCGCUAGCGGCACGUUAGCUACCUACCUGCUACAGAAACAGACAGAUCUCAGGCAGAAAGAGCAACAACAUCAGGGGAGCUGCAGGGAUGACGAGGGGUCUCGGUAGAGUAUUCAGUGGCUUUAAACGCCUCGUCACACUGUCAGUAAUGUGGUCUAUGAAACACCCGAUGUACAGCGUUCCCUUGAGGAGCCCCUCUGUCCGGAGCAUGGCGGUAGGUACUCUGAAACUGAUGGUGUUCAAAGGGGCUUUCUGUUUUAGUCCAGAUGGUUCUCGGUUCAAUUAUGGGCUGACUGAGCCUGUGGUCAAAUAUAAAGGACGGUAUUUUUGUACAUUGUGUUCAAAACCGUAAAAUAUGUUUGCCUGUAAGUUUAAGCUCUUAUAUCUUUGUAGGAAAACUGUUUUGAGGGCUGUUCAAUCAUUGGCUCCUGUAAUAAUGUGGAGUAGUACAAGAACACUGCUUAUACACAAAUCAAAAAAACUGCUUACUAUGGGACUAUAUAAAAAAGAAAGACACAAACACCCCUUGGUUUGUCACUGUUACCUGAACGUUUAUGUGUUUAUUACAGCUGUGACACCAGUGUACAAUACUCUACACAUGAGUAUUUUUAUUUAUUUAUUUUUAUUUAUUUAACCAGGCUUGUCCCAUUGAGAUCUGAGGAUCUCAUUUGCAAGGGAGACCUGACCAAGAAUGGCAGCAAUACAUAGUUACAACAAACAGUCACACAGACUCAAUACGGAACAGAAAUGUGAGGAAACAUCAGUUAAAACAGAGACAGUCUGACAGUCAAAGACACCAAGUUUUGCAGCUUAAAUUCAGUCUGCAGAUUAUUCCACGCAGAAGGGGCAGAGAACCUGAAAACCUUCUUUCCCAUUUCAGUUCGGACUCUGGAGACAACAAACUGUAUAAAUGUCAAAGAUCUCAGGUUGUGUAAUCCGUCCUUAAUGAUCAAUAAGGAGGAGAGGUAGUCCGGAAUUUUUUCCAAGAAUGUCUUUGUAAAUGAAAACGUACCAAUGAUCAAGCCGACGAGUACUUAAAGAAGUCCAACUGACUUUGGAAUAUAAAGUAUAAAGUGUUGUGUGUAGUUUUUAACAAAAAAAUGAUGGGCUAGAUAAGACCAGUUGUUUACUGCCCAGUAAAGGUCAAAGGUAAGACCAUACAUUACCAUACCGACCAAACAUUUAUUUAACCAAAUCUUGAUUACACAGUGUCAGACAACAUUGUCAAGUUUUUAAAUAAGUAACACAAGCAGUACUUUGCAUGUUAAAUGAGGGUAAUGCUAAGUUUGGUAAACAAAGGAAUUAAACACAAGACAAAUUAACCCAUGCAAAAAAACAUAUGAGACUGACAAAAGUGGCACUGAGUGAGUGAUGUACCUCUGGAUUCUGUCUCAAUACAUGAUAGACAGUCCAAAUAAGAAGUAAAAAUAGAUGUUGCAGGUGAAAGGUUAAAAGGGGCCUUUCUUGGCUAUCUUCCAGCCCAAGGACUCGGAUCACCUCAGGGUCUUAAAACCUUUACAAUAGUCUAACCAAGACAAUUUAUCACAUUAAUCCAAUACCUAGUUUUAUCUAAAAUAAGUCCAGGCCUUUUUACAGCCUUGACCCCAGCUGCCUGAUAUGUCACAAGGGAUAUAUACUGUAGAAGAUAGAGAGACAAUAAGAUAUAUGGUAUUGAGCAUUUUUCCGAUGCUCCAGGAUUGUUCAAAGCCUUGGACUCCACCCCAAAAUAAUUUGAGUAGAUGGUUCAAAGCAUUUUCCUGUUCUGCAGGUGCUGCCGCUGCCUUUUGGUAAACCCAAAGACUUAAGCCUGCCGAACGCCACGUGGGGUCCAGAAAUGAUGCAGUUGUAUGAGCAUUACAACAGCUUGUGUAAGGUGGAGGUGGAGGCUGAGGGAGGACAGAAGAAGGUACCGUGGAAGAGGAUACCUGGUUACAAUCGUCUCCUCAAGUAUGCAACAGGUAAUAGUUCUUAUUAUAUUUAGACAAAAUGAAAAAAUAUGAUCACCUUUAAAAGAAAAUAAACUACAACUUCAGCUGUCUCCCUUUUGUUAUUGUUUGCCUUAGGAUACUCUAUUAGCUGCUGACAGUUUGGUUGUGUUUAUGUUCCAUAAGGUGGAGUCUAUCUUAGUAAGAUGAUCCAGUCGAAGGCUCGUCUUUUUACCCGGAACAUCAGAGAACCAGGGGCAGCAUUUGAGUAUGCUCUGUUUAUUAACAGUGAGGAGGAGAAGUGUGUGGGCAUUUGGCAGGUUGGACACCUACUGGAGGGACCACCAGGGUAAGAUUACAGUCACUGCUGUACAAAUCUUUACUGUACUGUUUACUGUUUAAAAAUCAGUUAUAUUGUGCGCCUUUAAUCUAUUUGUAAAUUGGUUGUGAAAAGGUUUGGCUUUGUCCGAAAUAGUCCAGCAGAAUAGAAAUGUAUACAACCGAAAGCUUAAAACUUUUGUGGCAUGUCUUCACCCCAUCCCCAUUACCUGUCUGUCUGUCUGUCUGUCUGUAAAAGAACAACCUGAUUAAUUAUGCUUAUUUAAAAGGUCUCAAGUACACUCAACUACACUUUUAAUCUGCAAUCUUUGCUGUGUGUUUUCAGACAUGUCCAUGGGGGGGCAAUAGCCACCAUAAUUGAUACUGUAACAGGCUGUCUUGCCUCUCUGUCUGGAGCUGUUAUGACUGCCAACCUCAACAUCAACUACCGCAGGUACAGAAUUAACAUAGUAACCAUUAGUAUGCAGGUAAAUAGUUGUGUUAAUCGAUUUGUAUUUUGUUCAGUAAUGUAAUACCUUAAUAUUGUUUAAAUAUUCAACUAAAUGUAAUGUUACAUAUUUCCCUGUAAAUGCUAAUUUUUAAGUGGGCUUAGAAUUUUUUUCAGUACAUAUUGAAGACCUUUUAGAUGCAACCCUCUAAAGUUAAUUUUGUUAUUCAGCCUCAGAGUAUAAUGUAUUUGGGAUGAUUGGUGAGUCUGUAGCCUCACUUAUAGUGAAUAUGAGGCACAUUUUCAAGGGUCUGUAGGAAUAUCACAUGCACGGUUCAGUUGAUGAAAUGUUUUGUAGUAAAGAUGAGACGCAAAGGUGCCAUUCAGCCCUUGGUUGCAUUGUAGUGUACAUUAAUUUUGAAUGAUGAUUGCUUACACAAUUUAAAUAAUCAUCAGUCUCUUAAGCUGUAACAACACGUAACACUCCAACUUGCUUUCCAUGGCCAGUCAAGGAUCUAAUUAGAAAGAAGUGUAUUAGGUAAGCCAACAGCCUGGUGAUGUGAGACUGUGAUCAGUUGUGAGUUUUUGCUCUAACAAACACUGAUGUCAUUAAAAAGCCCCAUCCAGCUUGGCAACACAGUGGUGGUGGAAUCCAUCGUGGAUAAGAGAGAAGGCAGAAAAAAGUUCAUUUCAUGUAAAGUGACCAGCCCUGAUGGAACAAAACUGCACACAGAAGCAACAGGUAAUAAAAACUGUUUGUACACUCUGUAUGAGACACAUUAAAGUUUGAUUUAAGCCACAUCUGACAUGUUUGCUUUCAUUCAGCGCUGUUCCUGUCAAUUGAUAUCAACCAACUGCUGCUGGGAAGGUGACAUGAAAACACCUGCUCACCACCUCCUCCAAAACUGUCAUCAAGCUGAGGUCACAUCGAAUGUGUGUGUGAGAGAACAUGUGAGUGUGUUAAGUAUUUUUGGGGAGUGGAGUGAUAGAAAAUUGAAGAUACUUCUAUAAACAUGACAUUGUUGACUUUAAAUUAUUCAUGCAUCUCUACUUGCCAGUAUGUUUUUACUAAAUGUUACGUUUCUCAUCAACUACCUCUUCUUUGUCUUGCUAAUUGGAUAUACAGUAAGCACGAGAGUUGCAUUUUAUCAGUGCCAAGUUUUCGCUACAACAGCCUGCACCCUGUCCUCUUGGAAGCAUGUUUGAAGUGUAGCACAGUGGGGUGCAGGCUGGGGCAGCUGGACUUACCGGAGAUCUCAGCUGGAGAUCACAGAAUCACGUGAGGACCUCACGAGAUCUCACAGGAAUCACACAGUAAACGCAGUUUAUACUCAAAAAUACAAACAGAUUACGCUGUCUUUUAGUGGCUGAUAUUGUUCAUUUUCAUAUUCACUUGUUGCAUAUCUUUGGUGAAGCAUAUUUAACCGUUAUUUAUGAAAGUACCAUAUUGAAGGUUAUUUAUCUUAACUUUGGCAGUAUUUAUCACUUUUAACACUGAGGCCUUAUAAAGUGAGACCAGUAGGUGCUGUACAUUAGUAUUUAAUAUCCGUCAAUGAAGACUUGCAUUGGUAUUGUAUGAAUAAAACUUUUGUUUGUCAGCAAAUGAAACUGUUUGCAAAAGAGAUAAAAA